GUUGGUUCGUAGUUUGCCGUCGGCGGCUGCGACCAUGCUGCUUGCCGCUCUUGAUGCGAGCUAUUUUAAGGGCUGGCCACGUGGCCCGAGUCGUUGCCUAAAUUUGGCGCCUGGGCCCAGUUUCACGCUGGCAGCUUCCCGAGAGGAGCGUCUGCAACCCCGGAGUUCGACUGGUGGAGUAAGUUGCCAAAAGGCCCGGUUGUAAGCAGCGGUAGUGUUGUUGACCCGCUGGACAUGCGGCAUGUCAACAGGUGGCCAUAGCAGUGAGGUGAUGGCUAGCGUUGCGACCACGACUACGAUCAGCAGCAUCGCCGUACAGUCGGGAAACACCCGGCUGGUAAUCGCCCUCUUGCAAUCCGGCGAUGCCCUGGAACUCAAGAUCCAAGAGCUCUCCCCUGAGAUGAGUGAUGUAGGCAGCACCUAUGAAGAAGCACUCCAUCUUCAGCAGCAACACCAGCAAGUUCUCCAGAAACUUCAGAACAAGCAGAGUCCUGUGGAAGAACUGCUUAGCCAAGCUGAUGAGCUUAUCGCCAACCAGAAACCCAAGGCACAAGUUUACUCCGCCAUGGCUCACAACCUAGGCUUGGCCUGGAAAGACUUGAACGCUCAACUGGAGCACCGUAGCCGAGUGCUGGACGCUGGCGUUGAGUACCAUGCUGCGGCGAAGAAGCUUUCCGAAGAACUUGCCAAAGGGGAACAGGAGUUCUCGGAGACCUUCCUUCCAGACCAGGUGGCUGCUUGCGAGACUCGACUGCAAAAACUGAACGAGCUGAGGAAAGCGAUUCUCGAGGCUUCCAAGCGAAGCCUUCAGCCUUUCCAGAACCUCCUCCACAAACUGAAAGAAGUUUGUACAAUGGGUGACUCUAGACCUCGCCAGCCAACGGUUGCCAUAGCGGCUGUAGCGGCACUGGAGACGCAGCACGAGAACCUCCAGGACACGAGAAGGAGGCUGGGGCAUGUCUGUGAAGCGCGAAAGGAGGCCCUCGAGAAGCGGCUACGCUCGCUGCUCUUAAGCCAGGAGCUGGACGAGGUGCAGCAUCAGCUGGAGCGAAGCACGGAGGAAACGGCGUUGGGUGACUCCCCUGCCAGCAGCGAAAUUCUUCUACACGAACACACGACGAGAGUGGCACCCACGAACGAGAAAAUGCGAGACCGAAUGCUGAAGCUGCUGAAGGCAGCGAAGCAGAUCCAAGACGCGGAGCUCGAAACUCGAGCUUACGACCUGAUGGCGCAAGUGACCAGCCGCAUUGAGAGAGACGACGCCCGAAAGAAGGACUUGAAAGACUCGGUGGAAUUCUUCAAUGAAGCUCAAACAGCUCUGAACAAGUUGGACCAGUUACAGAUUCAAGUAUCUCAAGGGGCGGUUCAGGACGUAACUGCUGCGACAACCUUGUUAGACGCGUGCGUCGAAAAGCCGUUGCGUUUGGGACGAGACCUCUUGAUGCGAGUAUCCUCGGGCACCAACGGGAUCCAAGAGAAGGUUCACGAGUUAGAGAACAGGCGACUGCACGUAAAGCAGCUGUACACACAGAAGACCGCCGAUGCUGUUCAUAGCAGCGAGCGCGCAGUCAACUUCUUGUCCCAGUGCAACAGCUUGUACACUUGGUGCAUAGAGGUAGUGCAGACGUUCCUGGAGCAGAACAACACUCUGGGCGUCGGUUUGCAAGCCUGUCACGGGUUUCUUCAGAAGCACCAAGGGAUGCUGAACGAACUACAGGCCAAGGAGCCUCAGAUGACGUCGUUACUAGUUCAGGAUGACGCGAAGGCCAAGGAGCUCCUGCAGUUAUGGCAACACUGCCGAACUCUUCUCGAGCAGAGAAUUCGAUUGGCUCAGCGCUACCAGACCUGUUGUAAACUCUCCUCUCAGCUACUCGAAGGCCUGAAGACUAUUCACGAUGCUAGCCAUGAGCGUCAAAUCGUAAUCAACGAGAACUUUAUGCAAUUUGAUCACAAUGCCAGCAACUUCUUACUGGACGCGCAUAAGAUCCAAGACUCCUCGCUGGAUAUAUCAAGGGCUAUCCGCCACGUCCAAGAAACACUGGACCAGUGCCGCCAGCUGAAAAAUAAACCUGGGAACAACACCGAGCAGUUGGUCAGGGAGGCGCAGAGGACAAUGGAGUCAGCCGUGAAAAUCGAGUCGGAGUUGUACCCUGCCAUUCCCCGGGAGCUGACUCGUGCUGAGACGAUCGCUCAGUACUUGGACAGGCACCUAGACACCUUGAUGCCUCUAGUCAGGACAGUUCAGUCUGAACUGGACGCACGGAUCGAAACCUCACACUCGCUGCAACGCAAAGAGCAGCUCGUAGAAGAGCUACGCUCCACGCAACAAAGCUUCCAGGAAAACAUAUCCAAGUACCAGGACUUGGUCAAAGCCAUGAUAAAUUUCUUCAACUACUUUUCUCAGCUGGAGAAACAGUUACAGGACCGCCAGGAUGACGAAGCCUUGUUGGAUGAAGCUAAGCGGCAAGCGGACCACUUGGCGGCUCUAGUCGACCGCACCGAGCCCAGUGAAGCGGCUGUUUUGGACCGAGACAAGAUUCACUUCCUGGUGGAUAACCGCAGACUAAUGCUGGCGGCUAGCCUGCGCAAGUCUCAGCAAGACUCUCAGAUGAGUAAGUUCAAUGAAGAGCUGCAGCAGAUUAACCACCAGGUGCGCGAGCUGACCGAUUCUCUGAAGAGGGACUCAUCCAAGUGCCAUAUGGUGGAGUUUCAACAACGGAUUCAGACUUUGGAGAAGAGGAUCGAAAUAUUAAGCAGCUCGUCUCGAACGCAAACGGACUCUGCUCGCAUGGAACUGGAGCAGCUGACGUCUCGCUGGCGUGCUUUUCACAAAGAGGCGAUGGCCCCGCCUCCACAGCCGCUUGACAGAAAGGAAGCAAAUCAGAUCUGCGGACCUUCGUUUGUGGUACCUCUGGAUGAUGUUGAAGUACAGGAUGGUUCCAAAUGCAGCCUGGUGUGCGUGCUCGCCGGGCAGCCUGCACCGACGGUUCAGUGGUACAAAGACGGUGUUUCUGUUCGGGGAAACUCAGACUAUGUUACUGCGAGUCAACCACUCGAAGACGGUAGCUCUGAGCAGAAGCUCACCAUAGAAGAGACGUUGGCAGAUGAUUCAGCGAAGUUCACUUGCAAAGCUAUCAAUGCUGCUGGAAUGGCUGAAACAUCGUGUCGCCUGAGUGUUCGAGAGCAACCUAGACAGCAAGAACUUGAGGAGGUGUUCAUUGAAGCCCUCGAACAGUCGGUCGAGACCGGAACAUUUCAGGAACCAACCUUCGUUAAACCACUGCCUGCCACUGCCCGGUUUCGCCCUGGGGACCAACUUCGUCUUGAAUGCCGUGUAGAAGGACAACCCGAGCCACGAGUGUCAUGGUCGAAAGAUUUGUUGCCUGUUCGGGACGCCGCCAAGUCUUCCCUGGAGAAAGGCACAGCGGUGUUGGUCCUCAACGAUGCCGUGCAAAGUGACUCUGGUACCUACACGGCAGUGGCCCAGAACAAAGCUGGUCAGACAGCCUGUUCUUCGCAGGUCAAGGUCGCGGAAGACGUUCCACCUGCGGAGCCUCCGCGUGUGCUGAAGGGGCUAGUGGACCUAGAAGUCAAGCCCGGACCGGAGCCAGUCACUCUCGAGUGUAUCAUCGUGGGAGAGCCUGAACCGGAAGUGAUCUGGUACCAUGACGACCAGCCGAUCAAGGAGUCCGAGCGAGUGCGACUACUUUUUCAAGGCGACAAGUGCUCCCUGGUGCUGAAUGGAGUUUCAGCUCAAAAUGCAGGCACCUACCGCUGCUCAGCGGUCAACACCAUGGGCAGCUGCUUCACGCAGUGCCGCCUCCGUGUGCCACUAGCCGCUCCGGUGUUCUUGGAGCCUCUUCGCGAUGUGAACGUUGCCGAAGGCGCCAGGGUUGAUCUCAGUGCCAAGUUGUGGGCCCCUGAGCCGCCUUUUGUCCGUUGGUUCAAGGACGGCAACGAAGUGGUGCCCGGCAGUGACUAUCAGAUCAAGCACGACACGGACGGUGCAGUCAGGCUCACCAUUCCCGAAGCGUUCAACGAAGAUGGCGGCCACUACGAGCUGGAAGCGAGCAACGCUGGAGGCCGCACGCGCACUGGCUGUCGGGUUCACGUGGAACGCGUGGAGAAAGCCAAGGCGGUGCCGCUGACGCUGGUCAAGACGGCGCCCCAAGUCAUCUCAGUUGACGGGAGGGGACACGACGUGCGCCUGGCCCGCUCGUUGCCCGCGGAGCUGGUGGUCCAGAGCGGCACCAAGGUGUGCUUGAGUGUUGCUGCCGCCCAGCCGCCAGGCACGUCGCUGGAUGCGACCUGGUUCCGGUCGGGCCAAGCCAUCAGUGACUCUCCAGACUUCCGACUCUCCCGAUCGCACGAGUCCGUGGCCGGAUCCUCGCUGGCAGUCUUCAGUCUCACAAUCUCGGAAGCCUUCCCGGAAGACUCUGGAGAUCUGCAAGUGCGGGUGCAGGGGCCCGGAGGCACCGUGACAGCCAACACGCGUCUGGUGGUUCUGGACGAGGACGACGACGGCAGUGGCGCCGAGGCACGCGAGGAAGCCCUCCACAGGGCUCGCGAGGUGAAGGUCUACGAAACGAAGCUCGCUCGAUCGGAGCCCGACAAUUCGGCGGGUGUGGCCCUCUCCGGAGACCUGCAGCUGAGGGUCACCGAGGUGACACAGGUGAACGAGAUGCCUCCCGAGGUGUCCGAGGAAAUCACCACCAAAGUCGUGGACCAACAGGGCGCUCGCGACAAGGUCACGGAAGAGGUGACCCGGCGGGUGACCAAGAGGGUGACCGAGAUUACCAAGACGCAAACCAAAGAGGUGAGGGGACCCCUGGUCUACAAGUGGGAGUUUCGCAAGUAGCAGUCCCCCUGUGCCACCGCGCGCGCCCCGCGGUGUCUCCGUCGUGUGCUUCUUCUCUUACUCGGCGUGGCUGGCAUGAAGACAUUGGCCCCAGAGUGCUUUUCUGGCUCACCUCCUCUCGGAGUGGCCACCUGUGCGACUGGCCACCUGUCUCUUUGCCUGGCUACCGCUGGGAAUGGAGUCCCUUCCUCCCCUUUCUCCUCAGUGUUUCAUGUGGCAUGCUCGUACAAAUGUCUGCAACAGCGACGUUUCUUCCCAGUUGUAAGGUUGACGUGAAAUAAAGCCCUGGUUUGUGUUCCA